CUGUCCAAAGGGAUUCUAUGAAUUUUUUGGUGAGAAGUUAAAAAAGGAGGGGCUUUUUAAAAUUCACAGAGCAGUUGAUUUUUGAAUAGUGUUUCCCCCUCCCUGUCUUUCAUUAUUAGAGCUUUUAUGCAUUCUUAUCAACAUCCUGAAUACUGGUAAUUUAUAUUUCUACUAAAAAGAGGAGUUUGUUAAGGAGGAAUUUUCACGCAGAAGUUCAGCUAUGAUGGAGCUGCAGUUGCGGUGUCUGGAGGAGACCUUAUGGUUUCACUAUAUCAAAUGGUAAAAGAGUAUUUGGAGUUUUUGUAGGCAUAGUCUGUGACAUUUAGCAGGCAUCUCAGUGACUUAUGAGUAUUAAAAUGAAACUAGGUUUAAUUCCUAAUGACUCCUGAUUAACUUUUUUAGGGUAUCUGAAGUAUACCAUACAACUGUUUUGAAAAUCCUGCGUGGACAAUGGCUACUCAAGGCUACCUUUUGCUCCAUUUUCUGCUCACUCCUCCUAAUGGCUUGGUGAAAUAGCAAACAAGCCACCAGCAGGAAUCUAGUCUGGAUGACUGCUUCUGGAGCCUGCUGCAGUACCAUUUCUCCACUGAUUCACUGAUUUGAUGGAGUUGGACAUGGCCAUGGAGCCAGACAGAAAAGCAGCUGUUAGUCACUGGCAGCAACAGUCUUACCUUGACUCUGGAAUCCAUUCUGGUGCCACUACCACAGCACCUUCUCUGAGUGGUAAAGGCAAUCCUGAGGAAGAGGAUGUGGAUACCUCCCAAGUCCUGUAUGAGUGGGAACAGGGGUUUUCUCAGUCUUUCACUCAAGAACAAGUGGCUGAUAUUGAUGGACAGUAUGCGAUGACUCGAGCUCAGAGAGUACGAGCUGCUAUGUUCCCUGAGACGUUAGAUGAGGGUAUGCAGAUCCCCUCUACACAGUUUGAUGCUGCUCAUCCCACUAAUGUCCAGCGUUUGGCUGAACCAUCACAGAUGCUGAAACAUGCAGUUGUAAACUUGAUUAACUAUCAAGAUGAUGCAGAACUUGCCACACGUGCAAUCCCUGAGCUGACAAAACUACUAAAUGAUGAGGACCAGGUGGUGGUUAAUAAGGCUGCAGUUAUGGUCCAUCAGCUUUCUAAAAAGGAAGCUUCCAGACACGCCAUCAUGCGCUCUCCUCAGAUGGUGUCUGCUAUUGUACGUACCAUGCAGAAUACAAAUGAUGUGGAAACAGCUCGUUGUACUGCUGGGACCUUGCACAACCUUUCCCAUCAUCGUGAGGGCUUGUUGGCCAUCUUUAAGUCUGGAGGGAUUCCUGCCCUGGUGAAAAUGCUUGGUUCACCAGUGGAUUCUGUAUUGUUUUAUGCCAUCACAACUCUCCAUAACCUUUUAUUACAUCAAGAAGGAGCUAAAAUGGCAGUGCGUUUAGCUGGUGGGCUGCAGAAAAUGGUUGCCUUGCUCAACAAAACAAAUGUUAAAUUUUUGGCUAUUACAACAGACUGCCUUCAGAUUUUAGCUUAUGGCAAUCAAGAAAGCAAGCUGAUCAUUCUGGCUAGUGGUGGACCACAAGCUUUAGUAAAUAUAAUGAGGACCUACACUUAUGAGAAACUACUGUGGACCACAAGCAGAGUAUUGAAGGUGCUAUCUGUCUGCUCUAGUAAUAAGCCGGCUAUUGUAGAAGCUGGUGGAAUGCAAGCUUUAGGACUUCACCUGACAGAUCCAAGUCAGCGUCUCGUUCAGAACUGUCUUUGGACUCUUAGGAAUCUUUCAGAUGCUGCCACUAAACAGGAAGGGAUGGAAGGUCUUCUUGGGACUCUUGUUCAGCUUCUGGGUUCAGAUGAUAUAAAUGUGGUCACCUGUGCAGCUGGAAUUCUUUCUAACCUCACUUGCAAUAAUUAUAAGAACAAAAUGAUGGUGUGCCAAGUGGGUGGUAUAGAGGCUCUUGUGCGUACUGUCCUUCGUGCUGGUGACAGGGAGGACAUUACUGAGCCUGCCAUCUGUGCUCUUCGUCAUCUGACCAGCCGACACCAGGAAGCAGAGAUGGCCCAGAAUGCUGUUCGCCUUCACUAUGGACUACCAGUUGUGGUUAAACUCCUACACCCACCAUCCCAUUGGCCUCUGAUAAAGGCUACCGUUGGACUGAUUCGAAAUCUAGCCCUUUGUCCAGCAAAUCACGCACCUUUACGUGAGCAGGGUGCCAUUCCACGACUAGUUCAGUUGCUAGUUCGUGCACAUCAGGAUACCCAGCGCCGUACAUCAAUGGGUGGAACACAGCAGCAGUUUGUGGAGGGGGUCCGUAUGGAAGAAAUAGUUGAAGGUUGUACUGGAGCCCUUCACAUCCUAGCUCGGGAUGUUCACAACCGAAUCGUAAUCAGAGGACUAAAUACCAUUCCAUUGUUUGUGCAGCUGCUUUAUUCUCCCAUUGAAAAUAUCCAAAGAGUAGCUGCAGGGGUCCUCUGUGAACUUGCUCAGGACAAGGAGGCUGCAGAAGCUAUUGAAGCUGAGGGAGCCACAGCUCCUCUGACAGAGUUACUUCACUCUAGGAAUGAAGGUGUGGCAACAUAUGCAGCUGCAGUUUUGUUCCGAAUGUCUGAGGACAAACCACAAGAUUACAAGAAACGGCUUUCAGUUGAGCUGACCAGUUCUCUCUUCAGAACAGAGCCAAUGGCUUGGAAUGAGACUGCUGAUCUUGGACUUGAUAUUGGUGCCCAGGGAGAACCCCUUGGAUAUCGUCAGGAUGAUCCCAGCUAUCGUUCUUUUCACUCUGGUGGAUAUGGCCAGGAUGCCUUGGGUAUGGACCCCAUGAUGGAGCAUGAGAUGGGUGGCCAUCACCCUGGUGCUGACUAUCCAGUUGAUGGGCUGCCAGAUCUGGGGCAUGCUCAGGACCUCAUGGAUGGGCUGCCUCCAGGUGAUAGUAAUCAGCUGGCCUGGUUUGAUACUGACCUGUAAAUCAUCUUUUAGGUAAGAAGUUAAAGAAAGCCAGUUUGGGUAAAAUACUUUUACUCUGCCUACAGAACUUCAGAAAGACUUGGUUGGUAGGGUGGGAGUGGUUUAGGCCUAUUUGUAAAUCUGCCACAAAAACAGGUAUAUACUUUGAAAGGAGAUGUCUUGGAACAUUUGAGUGUUCUCAGAUUUCUGGUUGUUACGUGAUCAUGUGUGGAAGUUAUUAACUUUAAUGUUUUUUGCCACAGCUUUUGCAACUUAAUACUCAAAUGAGUAACAUUUGCUGUUUUAAACAUUAAUAGCAGCCUUUCUCUCUUUAUACAGCUGUAUUGUCUGAACUUGCAUUGUGAUUGGCCUGUAGAGUUGCUGAGAGGGCUCGAGGGGUGGGCUGGUAUCUCAGAAAGUGCCUGACACACUAACCAAGCUGAGUUUCCUAUGGGAACAAUUGAAGUAAACUUUUUGUUCUGGUCCUUUUUGGUCGAGGAGUAACAAUACAAAUGGAUUUUGGGAGUGACUCAAGAAGUGAAGAAUGCACAAGAAUGGAUCACAAGAUGGAAUUUAUCAAACCCUAGCCUUGCUUGUUAAAAAAAAAUUUUUUUUUUAAUAUCUGUAAUGGUACUGACUUUGCUUGCUUUGAAGUAGCUCUUUAAUUUUUUUUUUCUUUUUUGCAGUAACUGUUAGUUUUUUAAGUCUCUUGUAGUGUUAAGUUAUAGUGAAUACUGCUACAGCGAUUUCUAAUUUUUAAGAAUUGAGUAAUGGUGUAGAACACUAAUUCAUAAUCACUCUAUUGUAAUCUGAAUAAAGUGUAACAUUGUGUAGCCUUUUUGUAUAAAAUAGACAAAUAGAAAUGGUCCAAUUAGUUUCCUUUUUAAUAUGCUUAAAAUAAGCAGGUGGAUCUAUUUCAUGUUUUUGAUCAAAAACUUUUAUUUGGGAUAUGUAUGGGUAGGGUAAAUCAGUAAGAGGUGUUAUUUGGAACCUUGUUUUGGACAGUUUACCUGUUGCCUUUUAUCCCAAAGUUGUUGUAACCUGCUGUGAUACAAUGCUUCAAGAGAAAAAUGCGGUUAUAAAAAUGGUUCAGAAUUAAACUUUUAAUUCAUUCGA